AGGUCAUGGCGGAUAAUGAGAAAAGCAGGAGACGGUUCUCCGAAGACGGAGUUCCCACAGAGCAGUUGUUCACCUCGGCGAGUUGUCUUGCUUCAAGCAGGGCCGCAGGAGGAGGGAGACAGAGUGAAAACUAAGCCUGUGUCUUGUAGCACUGUGGGAGGAAAGGGGCUCACCGUCAAACGCACAUCUCAGCACCUCGCCCCCGAGGACGAGGACGAGUCCUUCGACGACCAACCGGCGCCCUCCAAAGCCUCCAAAAUCGGCUUUAGCAUGAGCAGCAAGGUGGCGACGAAAUCGAACCCCAUCUCCAUCAAACUGGGAGCAACGAAACCCAAAGAGCCGGUUCCACCAGUUCCUCCAAAGAAACCGGGGCUGGCGUCUGUUUUUAAUGAAGACGAUGAUAGUGAACCGGAGGAAAUGCCUCCAGAGGCAAAGAUGAGGAUGAAGAACAUCGGCAGGGAGACUCCCACGUCUGCAGGACCCAACUCCUUCAACAAGGGCAAGCAGGGCUUCUCUCACAACCAGAAACUCUGGGAGAGGAAGAUAAAAGCUCAGGCUGAAAACUUGUAAACCAGAACCAGUGAUUUUUGUACAGUUUAACCACAAAAGCUCAAAUGUUUGGUUUUUUGUUGCCUUUUUUUUUUAACACAACAGCUUUUUGAAUAAUCCCUCAGUCUUCUGUUUGAGACUGAACUUGUGUUUACACCUCUGAUCCCGACGCUGCGGCGGCGCUCAGGACGAGACGCACGCACCCGGAACUGGUUUCCACGAGUUUAAAACACGAAAACUGAGACGACAAAAUGAGAAUAAACUGAUGAAUGUCAGGUAUAAACUUCCUCUGAUCGUUAGAGGAGCUGUAACGCUGCCGUCUGUCACUUAAUGAUUUCAUCAAAACCACGUUUGGAUUUAUGAUCAUCUGUGGGUCCAAAGAAGGAAAUGUAUCAAAUUGACUUCUCUGAGCAACAACCAUGAUAUUUGAGCAGAAAAUACAUAAAAUUUUGCUACUUUCUCUACAUAUUGAAGCUCUUUUUAGCGGCAGCUGGUGAAUCCCAACAUCCAGACCUGGUUUGAGGUUCCCUCUUUCUAAGGCAUCAAGAAAUCCUCUAAAAAUAAGAUUCAGACCCGUUUCUCAGGGGUUUCCUGAUAAGCAAAACAAAUCGAGCCACAUCAGGAUGAUUCAGUGUAGCUGAAAACAGGAAUCUGAGUUUAAUUAGACCUGAUCCUGAAUGGAUCGACCUGAUCACAAGCUCUCCUUACAGCAGACAUCAGGAGGGCCAGCUGCCACACUGGGUACGAACCGGGCCGAGGCGCGUACGAUUUGGACGACAACAAAGACGUAAUCAUUUUCUCACGGUUCUGAGUUGUUCACCGACCUGAGCUGGAGGUAGAGGAGAAUCACCUGAUGGCUAAUUAGGAUAUUUAGCUCGUUAGCGUUCAUGCGUUGUUGUUUUUGAAAGUUUGUCUAAAAUUGUACAUAGUGACAAUAUUUUUCUUUUUAAACCCACGUGUUGGAGUGCGAGCUGUGUUGUGUGUAAAUAACUUCAGUUUUGUUUUCCCUCUUGUGUUUUUGUUUUUUGUCUUAAGCAGGCAUCAGAAAUGUGAUUUAAUAAUUUCAUCCAUUUGAAAACCUGAAUGKUUCAAACAGGAUCUGUGUACUAACUGUGUACUUAUACCAGUCUUUUCUGUUGCUCCUGUAUUCUAACUUUACUUCAGGUAAAUGUCACAUCAUGCUGACUUACCCUGUGCAGGAAAUCCCCCCAUGAUUCAGAUGAGAUCUUGUGAUUCUCAGUGGUUCACCUGUAACAGCAGAACAGGAAUCCCCGAAUAAAAACAAACACCUGAAA